UAUAUAUUGGGAGGGUUGCCGCCAAUAGUUCGUCAGUUGCUGCGUAGUACCAGAUCCUAGAACAACGAACACUCCAUAAUUGCCAUAAUGCACACCUUCUUCAUUCUCUUUUCUCUCGCCGUCCUCACCUCGGCCGCCCCGCAAUACGGAGGCGGCUCCGCCGGCGGCCUCUCCGGCCACCACCAGCCCCUCGAUCACCACAUCUACGGGCUGAGCGGCGGCGAAGAGCACGAAGAGGAGGAGGAGAAGCACGAGGAGCACCACGGCUACGAGGAGCACAAGGACGAGCACAAGGAAGAGCAUCACGGCCAUUCGCUCGGCUUCACCGGAUCCAAUUUCAAGACUCCCGUGGACGUGCACCACGAGAAAGAGAUUCAUUUGAAGGCAAAGCCUGAAUACCAUUACGACUACCACGUAGCUGACCAUAAGCACAAGGAUUACAAGAGCAAACACGAGACCAGGGACGGGUACAAAGUAAAAGGAACUUACAGCUUAUUGGAGCCCGACCACAAGACCAUCAGGGUGGUUGACUACGUUUCCGAUAAGAAGCUCGGUUUCAUCGCCAAAGUAUCGUACAAGAAACACCACUAAAUCGAAAACAGCGGAACAAUUUACCCGUCCUGCCAACCCGUUGAAUUGUUAUAUGUUAUUUUUGUUAUGUUAUUUGUGUAGAUAAUGUUGUUAGCG